GUCCUUUUGCUCCUGCCAACACAGGGAAAUUGACCACAGGUGACUGAUGGUUAUUUUAAUGAAUAAAUGUGGCUACACAACAAUGCAGACUUUUAGUGGUGUUUUCCCAGACAUGGUCAGCUCAGACACACAGACUGAAGAGUAAGAGGGCCAUCCAUACUCAGACUGAGGUCAUCUAGUAGGAAAUGUAAUCUACUAGAGGGAAUGUCAGAGAGGGCUGGCCCUUUCAUUGGACAGCAGGAUGAGAGAAGCCUGGCCUGGGAGUCAGGCAGAGACACUGGAGCCUGGUGCUGCCUGGUGGUGGGGGAGGCUUCAUGUCUCUGCCAGGAGUAGCAGCUAGGCAGCACCCUACAGACUAGGUUACAACAGCUGGCCAUUGAGAGGGAAAGAGCGAGAGAAACACUUCAACCACCAACAACACAUCCAGUCACCAGGGAAACUAGAGAGGAUCAGCUUGGAUUGGUUGCCGAGGCUGACCGGCCAUAGUUUCCAGUCAGUUACGUCCUUGUGUGAGCUGACACUUUGCCAUGGUGCAGAAUGGCUCUUUCUCGUAGAGGUCUGACUGCUAGAGCAGCUGGAGAGUGAAGAUGAGUGGUCGUGGCCAUGAUGAUGAUUACUGUUAUUACAGAGAUUGUUAUCAGCACAUACAGUCAUGCUGCAACAUUCAACAGCUGUGGCGUUCACGUCAGUGGUUAUUGGAUUAACAGUCUCCCAAGACAAUAAAUGCUCCCAUGUCUCUAUGGAAGAGCAGAGAACAUGUCAUUUAUGUGAAUUGAGCAAUACCUUGCCAUGCGUGCCGUGUCGCAUGUGUUUACAAUCCAGCAUGCGGUCACAACCCCUGUAUUCAUUUUUCUAGCACAUGCACAUUUUUCCAUGCAAAUUUUUCCAUGCACAUUUUUCCCAGACUAUGGAUAGUGACGAGUAUCGUAAAACACUUCCCAGCGGCUCGCUCUUAAUACCCUGACAUAGCAAGACUAGACUGCUGAGCCUCUUUGAGCUACAUUGGUGAGCUAAUCGUAAUGUACUCACAUUUGAUCUCAUCUGACCCCUGUUCUGUGCUGUAAUGCGUCUGCAGAUGGGAAAUCUUUGUAGUUGAGAGAGCUACGUCGUGGGCAUUCUAACCAAAAGGAGAGAGACUGUAUUUUUCCAAACAACUUUAUUAUAAGAUUUGCAAAAAUGAAGCAAUCAAAACAACCACUCAACAUUGCCACCCUUGUCCGUUCAAGCCUGUAUGUUUCCACACGUCUAAGUUGCUGUAGAUUGUUAAAACAGGAUGUCACAUACUGCAGUCACACCUAAACGCCUCCUAUCUGUACGCCCAGACAAAUGACUAAGUCACACCAGACAAGCCUGUAUCAGCAAAAUACUAACAUUUAACAAAGGACAAUUCUUCAAGUAAAAACAGCAUAGUAUGUUCAAUUAAACAACAUAGUAGGUCAUUAAAUCAUUUCCUCCACAGCUAUUACAGGAAGAUUAAGGGUUGCGUCAGAGCCAUAUAUUGUUGCGCGGUAUUGGGAUUCACCUGCAUGUCAUUUCAUUAAUGCAGAUGACCUAUACUGCAUUGAGCUGGGGCCACCGGGUAUUAUAAUUGAGCGAUUUCAUUUGUUCCCCUCGUCUCAUAUCUGCUGGUGAAGCUCAUUUCAUGGUCUGAUGAGCAGACACAGAAUCCCACAGACCAGGGUAGCUUGAUCAUGUCUCUACUGUAGAAGUCAUAGAGGUGAUCUGGUUGAAAACCUUCUUCACAGUGUCAAUAGAAUUUACAGCCACAUGAAUCAGCCUAGCUAUGGGUGAUGGGGUUAGCUGGCUAACUGUUGAUAGGGGAAAUUUAUGGGGGAUGGAAAUGCCUGCUAAGGUGAAAGACCCACAUUUACAGAGAGGUGGAGUGAGGAGGAGCGUUGCUCUUCCAACCAUGUCUAUCAAUGACAUCUCGGAGCUCUGGGAAAGUGAGUCGUCAGAGCCAAUCUGCUUUGCAAAUGGAAAGGGAAGGACACCAGGGAAGACGACUGGGAGCGCUAACCAGCUGGAAAUGAUGGACUUUAUGAUGAUUUCCAGCCACUCUGUUAGCUUGACUUAAAGCGUUAUGCAUAUCAAGAACUGGUCCUGAUGAAAAUCCUCCUCAAGGCCCGAGCAAACGAUUCAACCACACAUGAAAUCGAAUCGUGAAUUUCAUUAGACACAAAACAAUGCAGGUGUACCAGUACAUGCAUGAAACAAUCACAGUCAAUGGCUGUCCGGAGUACCAGGCACGGGCUACAGCGAAGGCCACAGUUGCAGCCUUUGCGGCCAGCGAGGGUCACUCUCACCCCCGAGUGGUAGAGCUGCCCAAGACGGAGGAGGGGCUGGGCUUCAACGUGAUGGGCGGCAAGGAGCAGAACUCUCCCAUCUAUAUCUCCCGCAUCAUCCCAGGGGGCUUGGCUGAGAGGCACGGGGGCCUGAAGCGAGGGGACCAGCUCCUGUCUGUCAAUGGUGUGAGUGUGGAGGGGGAGCACCACGAGAAGGCGGUGGAGCUUCUGAAGGCAGCCAAGGACAGUGUGAAGCUGGUGGUACGCUACACGCCCAAGGUCCUGGAGGAGAUGGAGGCGCGCUUCGAGAAGCUCCGCACGGCCCGCCGCCGCCAGCAGCAGCAGCUCCUCAUGCAGGCUCAGCAGCAGCAGAACCUCACUACCCAGCAGAACCAUAUGUCGUAGGCUGUUCCAAAAGAAGAAGUGAAGGACGCUGAAAGGAAUUUUCUAAGUCCAUCUCUGUGCGGAGGAUCCUGAAGGAACCACCUGGUAGAGGAGAAUAUGAUACUGUUAAGCAGUGAAGACUCUCUCUCCCCCUUCAAUGUACUACCAACAGAAGGAAGCAAAACUGAAAGAUUUGUGUUCUGAAAUGUAAACAAUGGUGCUUGUGAUUUGAGACAUUGGAGGCUAGCACUGAAACCCAUCCUUUUGACUUUUAUUUUGUUUGUGUUCAUUUGAAGUUUUCCUCUAACAGUUGAAAGUUGUGACCCUCCUCAAUGUUCCUUCUUGUCAUUUGUGAUAGUUUAUUUAUUUUUGUUAUCUGUUUUGAAUUCAUUUCACCUGUUUCCUGACUUUGGUUUUGCUAUAGCUUUGUACAGUGAUAUUUCUAUUGUUUCUUCUAUGGGAGCUUGUGUCUGUGUGUGAAUGAACAUUGCUUUUUUUUGUGUCAAACUUGUCCUGCUUUGGAUAAAUGUGAACUCUUUUUUACCUUAUAUAUUGCAGCGAGAAAAUAUUUUGUAUGGAAACUUGUGGAUUUAGCAAUAACAGACUUUCGUUGGUUUUACAUUUCACAUGAAAGUAAUGAUUAGAGAUAUACAGUAUGUGGUAAAGAUACAAAACUUAACAAUGUUAUACUAGGUCAACUGUAUCUUAUGCACUGUGUGUCAUAAGGCAGCUUCUGCCAUUAAAAUCAAAUGGCUGUUAGAAGAGGGGUACAUAAAGGGGGAUGAAUACACAGAGAUAAGUGUAUUCAUACAAUUGAAUAGGCGAGUACAAUUAUCGUGCAAUUUCAUAACUUGACUUUCAGCUCUCAAGUCAGCCAUUUAAUGAUUGUUAGUCAUCUACUCCCAUCAAAUUAAUAUAUACAGAGAGUAUAUAGAGUAAUCAUAUAAAAUAAAAUCUACGUAUAUAAUUUUAACAUUUGCUAUAUCAUUUAUAUGAGGAAUGUCAAACACAUUUAUAUAUAUAUAUUAAUGACCUGGAGGGUUAAUCAUAUGGUACAAUUGUCUUUAUUUUCAAAUCAAUCUAUUUUAUUGUUUAUAAUCUGAGUUUUGCAUAAAGUAAUUUCAUUAAGGCAUGUGUGUUUGUUAACAUUCAGAUGAUUAUUUAAUAGAUUGAAUUGUAUAAGACCUAUAGCCCAGUGUAUAAUUCGUACCGGAAUAGUAUGGUUAAUGGACUCAUUCUCCUGGAUCUGCGUCGUCACCUUUACAUUGUGAGUAAGGGACUGUGGAAUGUUCUAGUUGUCUUAUCAAUGAGGGACCUCUGUUUUAAACUCUCUCCUUCAACCCUCUACCUAUAGUCUGACGUAGUAUUCUCAUAACAAGUAACCAUAUUUAGGUAUAACAAGUUGCAAUGUGGAUUCAUUGAAAGCUAUUAGAAAACCAGUUGAUGAUCGACACUGAUACUGAAAAGGAGUCUUGUAUCUGUAGUACUGUCAGACAAACAUUACAUUGGAUGGUUUUCCUAGUAGCAAACUCUAGUAUGUGUGUAUGUUCUAUAUAGGCCUAGUUCCUUUGUGGGUGGGUAUUGAAGUAGUGCAAGAUCAUUUAACAUCCACACUGUGUGCAAUGUGCCAUCAUGAUAGUCCAACCAGAUUGGGCUGUGAACGUGUUUUGUCCCUCAACUUUUGAGCAGUUCAUCUUGCCUCUGACAGAUCCCUUUUGUACAUUUACUUAUUCUCUUUCUUAUUGACGACUUGCAUUUUUUUAGGCUGGAAGUACUGUACUUCCUGACUGGACGUACUGUACUUCCUGAUUCGACGUACUGUACUUCCUGAUUCAAUCUACUGUACUUCCUGAUUCUACGUACUGUACUUCCUGAUUUGACGUACUGUACUUCCUGAUUGGACGUACUGUACUUCCUGAUUGUACAGAAAAAAAAGACAACACCAGGUGAUAUGCAAUUGUUAUACAUAUUAUAUUUGUAUAAAUAAAUAUAUGUGCGUGUGUA